AUUUCAACAAAUAUGACAACCACUACGCCGCCAGCGCCACCGGCGGCGAUCCAGUUCAUCGUUCGCAAGGGCAAGUGGUCAUUUUGUUGCGCCAUUCAAAGCGACGCACAAGCGCUAGCCGACCUAGCCAGUCAUGCCUUUGUCUCACAGCUCACGUCGGGCGACAUCCAAGUAACCAAGCGAGUGAGUCUAAGCGAGCUACAAGGGAUCGUCGCAACGUCCGUGUCCAAUAUUCCUGAGUUCUUUGUCUCUCCCGCUCCUGGUGCAACGCUGGAAGAUGCCGCGGGGUUCGCCCAAUUCCGCCACUACCUUGCCAGUCAUGACAGGGCGGGCGUGGCGACUCUGACCGGCGACUUUUGGCUCAUCUUCCUUCCAGACGUCGACGACCGCCGACUCAAGUGCCUAGUCGUUCAGCGCGCAUCCUCUCCACCCCCAUCAACGGACCCUCCUCCGUCCUUGACGUCGCCAGGAGUAGAGACAUCGCCCCCCCAACUCGAAUCCCCUUCGUCCGCUACUUGUACUAGCCACGAUGAAACAACAGAGCCCACAGGCGAAGUCAGCACCGACAGUCUGAAAGAGGAAGUUGGCGCUGUGUCUGUCUUAACCGAUGCAAGUCUCGUUGACGAGGGUACGCCGCCCCAGGAGGACAAGAGCAACCCCGCCGCACCUUCACCCCAAGCCAUCGACACGACCGAGUGGCACGACCUGCUCCGCAUCCACCACAGCUUUCACGCCGCGCUGUACAUCAUCCACGGCCGAAGGGUCGACAUCAAGAUGCCACGGCCAUCAAAGAAUCGCAAACGUGUUAAGCUCCGCUAACGUUUUCCUCGUUGGAUGGUUGGUUGUUGCUGGCUACUGGUAUGCUCCACGACGACAUGCGUCGUCGUCAAGUCGAGGCUCUGCUGCAAAACCCCAGACAAAACCAGCUCCGUCGUGUACUUGGUGGCGUUCGCCAGCGGUCCGAGUUGCUUUUGCACCGACUUCACCGCCAGUGCCUCGGCAGAUGCAAUCACAAUCACAUUGUCCACUGGUUUGGUCGACGUCGAGAGUACCUACGUACAAACAACUCCCAUGUGUCCAUACCUUCCUUCCUUCCGCAGCAACAGCAGCAGCAUGAACGACGUACCUCUCCC